CCAACGGUCCAAACCAAACUGUAAAAAAUGGCGACUAUCCACGUUCUGCCAUCGUCACCAACAUAAUCCCACUCCCACCUCCAGACUCAGCAAACAAUAACACAAACACGAAGCACCUUCACAUUCACACCAGUCCAUGAUCCCACUGAUCCAAACGCACCAUCAAAACCCAAUCCAACCAUGCAAAUCCUCGCCACCCUUUCUGCAGGGUUUUCCAUAUCUCUACCUCUUUUUCCACUUCUUCUGCUUCUGUGCUCCACUACCGCAUCUGGGUUCGGAUCAAUGGGACCGAUCUCCACUGCAUUCGGCGAAGACGGUUUCUUCUGCGCCAUAGACGCAAGCGGCAAGCAGAACGUAAUUUGUUGGGGAAAGAACAGCUCUUCUUCGUCACCAUCAUCAUCGUCUUCCGCCUCUCCCUAUUUCAACAACAUUCCCGCAAUGGCAGCUCUCUCCGGCGGCGAAGGAUUUCUUUGUGGCAUUUUAGCUAACACUUCACAAGCGUAUUGUUGGAGCUCAACCAGUUCAGGUAUAGAUCUCAUACCUUCAAUAUAUCGAACAACUGCUUAUUCGCAUAUAGCCGCGGGCAAGAAUCACGUUUGUGCUAUUAGAGGCUCUUAUUACUCUGAUCAUGAUUCGGGUACCGUUGACUGUUGGGAAAUCGUGAAAAACUCCAAUAAUAGCUUGAGUUCUAAACAGAGUACUCUGUUUUAUAAUCAGUCUAUUAGCAGCCUUGUUUUCACAAAAGUUGUGUCUGGCGAAGGCUUCAGUUGUGGUGGGGUUAGAGAAGGAGGGAUUGUUUGUUGGGGACCAAACUCGGCGAGUUUGGGGGUUUCCGGUAUAUCGGAGAAUUUCCUAGUUUUAGCUCCAGGAAGAGGUGCUCUUUGUGGGAUUUUGGAAAUGUCUAAUGAGGUGAAAUGUUGGGGUGAUUACGAUUCACAUGUUUCUCCUCCGGUUGGGAUUCAGUUUGUGGCUUUGACUGCUGGUGCUAAACAUUUUUGUGGUAUCCGUGAGGACAAUCAUGGGGUGGAGUGUUGGGGGAUCUUUAAUUCGUCAUCGGUUCCAAAGGGUUAUGGGUUUAUGGCAAUAGCUUCAUCUGAUAUCGUUAGUUGUGGCAUUAGAGAGGAUGAUUUGGUUCUUGAUUGCUGGUUUGUGGAUUCCCCCUCACCCCCUGAUUUUGAUCCUCCAUUGGAAUUGUGCAGUCCGGGUCUUUGUACUCCUGCUUCUUGCAGUGAAGGGCAAUUUGCUUACAAUGCAACCAUUCUUAAUGAGCCAGAUUUGACGAGCUUGUGUGUCCGAAAAGAUCUAAAUAUUUGUUCACCUUGUGGCUCAAAUUGUUCUGAAGGUUUCUUCUUGUCUAGUUCGUGUACUGUCAAUGCUGACAGAGUUUGCACCGCUUGCUCUCUUUGCCAGAACAGCUCCUGUUGGGAUGUUUGUCAACUUCAAUCAUCUCACGACAUGCAGCAGAAGCAUUGGCAUCACUUGCAUAGACUAGUGCUCAUUAUUGGGUCUUCUGUUUCAGGUUUGUUAUUCCUCUUAGUUGGUUGGUGUGUUCUUCCCCGUGUGAUUCCCAACCGUAAAGAAGAAGGCACCAAAAGACAAUUCAAAUCUUGCAUGGGCAAACCGGAGUUGGAAACUGACACUAUUGCAGAUUCUCAGCCUCCUCCUUCUGUGACACCCUGUCCUGGGAUGGCUCAGGUCUUCCGACUCUCAGAGCUAAAGGAUGCUACUAAUGGGUUCAAGGAGUUUAAUGAGCUUGGCAGGGGAAGCUAUGGUUUUGUUUAUAAAGCUGUCCUAGCAGAUGGGCGUCAAGUUGCAGUCAAAAGGGCAAACGCAGCCACAAUAAUCCACACAAACAACCGUGACUUUGAGAUGGAGCUGGAAAUCCUUUGCAAAAUCCGGCAUUGCAAUAUUGUGAACUUGUUGGGUUAUUGCUCAGAAAUGGGAGAGAGGCUGCUGGUUUAUGAGUACAUGCCACACGGGACACUUCACGACCAUCUCCACGGCGGGCUUUCUCCUCUGAAUUGGGGCCUCCGGUUGAAGAUUUCAAUGCAAGCUGCGAAGGGUCUUGAGUACCUUCACAAGGAACUUGUGCCUCCAAUUGCCCAUCGAGAUGUCAAGACCUCAAACAUCCUCUUGGAUUCAGAUUGGGGUGCAAGAAUUGCAGACUUUGGGCUUAUCACUUCAAAUGAUGACAAGGAUCUUAGUGGAGAUUUAGAAAGGGAUGUUCACAAGUUUGGGAUUGUGCUGCUAGAAGUUGUUAGUGGAAGAAAAGCAUAUGACAGAGACUACACACCUCCAAGCAUAGUUGAGUGGGCUGUGCCCUUGAUUAGACAGGGGAAGGCAGCUGCCAUAUUUGAUCGGUAUGUAGCACUUCCAAAAAAUGUUGAGCCUCUGCUUAAACUGGCUGAUGUGGCUGAGCUUGCUGUGAGGGAAAAUCCUAGUCAGCGUCCAAGCAUGUCAGAUUUGGCAUCUCGGUUGGAGCAAAUUGUCAAAGAUGGAUUGAUCUUAUAGCAACAUAUUUGGGACAAACAUUGGAGACAUCUGGGUAUGACAGCAGCUUCGGUGCAGUACUGCUCUUCCGCAAUUGUACAUUUGUUAAGAGCUUUUUAUACAUGAUGUUGCUUAAUGCUUUCUCCCUUGUGCUUAUUAUUUCAUUUGUCAUUACGAGGCUACGAAGAUGCAAUUGUUGCACCAUUUUUUUUUUCUUGGUAGUUCACUCAAUAUUCAAUAAUCCCUCUAUCCCAGCCGUCUUCGGUUUAAA